GCCAAAAUGGGGAAGAAUUUAGCUUCAGGUGCGGGCCAUAAGGGGUUUGCUGUUGCUGCCCCAAAUAAAGCUCACAAAUUGGCUUUAAGGGCCCAUGAUGUGAAGGAAAAAAAGCUUCAUGUUCCAAUGAUAGACAGAACUCCUGAUGUUGAUCCUCCUCCGGUAAUAGUGGCAGUAGUUGGGCCACCAGGAACAGGAAAGACAACAUUGAUAAGGUCUUUGGUGAGAAUAUUGGCCAAAACCACUUUGACAGACAUAAGAGGGCCAAUUACUCUUGUUAGUGGUAAAAGAAGAAGAUUGACAUUUAUUGAAGUUUCCAAUGAUUUAUCAUCAAUGGUUGAUAUUGCCAAGAUUGCUGAUUUGGUGCUACUAUUGAUUGAUGGGAAUUUUGGAUUUGAAAUGGAAACAAUGGAAUUUUUGAAUAUUGCCCAGCAUCAUGGAAUGCCCAGAGUGUUAGCCAUUGCAACACAUUUGGACUUGUUCAAAUCUCAAUCAACCUUGAGAACUUCGAAAAAGCGUUUAAAGACUCGUCUUUGGACUGAAGUAUACAAAGGUGCUAAGCUCUUUUAUUUAUCAGGUGUUUUGAAUGGCAGGUAUCCUGAUCGUGAGGUUUUUAACUUAUCUAGAUUUAUUUCUACCAUGAAGUUCAGGCCAUUAAAAUGGAGAAAUGAACAUCCAUAUCUAUUGGCAGAUCGAGUAACAGAUUUGACUCAUCCAACACUAAUUGAGAAAAAUAAAAAAUGUGACAGAAAGAUUGCCAUAUAUGGCUAUUUACAUGGAACUCCAUUAUCCUCAAGCAACCCGAGAGUGCACAUUGCUGGAUGUGGAGAUGUCACGAUUCAAUCGAUUGAAAAGUUAGUUGAUCCAUGUCCAACUCCACAUUUUGAAGAAAAACUAGAUGAGCUUCAAAGAGAAGCUCAAAAAAAUGAAGACGAUUCAAGCACCACCACCAAAAGAAAAACAAGAAGAAAAAGAUUGAAUGAUCGACAAAAGAUCAUAUAUGCUCCAAUGUCAGAUGUUGGUGGUGUUCUUGUGGACAAAGAUGCUGUUUAUAUUGAUGUUGGGGAAAAUAAAUCUAGAAAAAAAGAUGCAGAAACAGAAAAACUUGUAGCCAGUCUUCAAGAAGCAAACAAAACACUUGAUGAUGAAAUCAGAAGUUCUCCUAGCUUCAGGUUAUUUUCAAAUUCUAAAGAAAUAAAUGGAGUUGAGGACUUGGAUUCAGAUAAUUUAGAUGAUGAGCCGCAAGGAUUAUUGGAUGAAUUAGACUCAGAAGAACAGAUAAAUAAUACUGGCAGAAAAACCUUAAGAAAACCUACUUCAGCGAGCAAAAUCAGAGGUGAUGAUGAUGAUGAUGAUGAUGAUGAUGAUUAUAAUAGAAUUGAUGAAGAAGAAGAAGACUUUGAAAGAAAACGAUUUCAAAGGAUUCGAACUGAAAUUUACGAAUCCAAUGAAAAGGAAAAACUAGAAUUUGAAGAAGAUUCUGAUAUUGGAUUAUCUGAUGAUAGCUAUGAUUCUGAUGGUAAUAACUGGAAAAAACAAGCAAGGAAAUUGCAAGGAACUGUAACUAGAAAAUGGGAUAUAAACAAGCUUUUAUACGCCAAUAAUAUUGAACCCGAAGAUGUGAUAGAUAGAGUUUAUAAUCGUGGUGGUGAUGAAAGCGAAGAAGAAGAUAUUGAAGAGGAGGAUUUUUUCAAGAAAAAAAUUUAUAAAGAGCCAAGCAAUGAAUUUGAUUCGUACAAGCCUCAUUUUUCAGACAUUGAGAUGUUGAAAAAUAAAUGGAUUUUUGAUAAUAAUAACAGUAAUAUAGAUAAGGAGGAUAGUGCGGGGAAUUCACCAUUUGCGUUAAUAUCGAGAAGAUUUAUUUUGUCGAAAAAAAUGAUUGGAGAAGAUGAUAGCGGUGAUAACCAAGAGGUAGGUGAUGAUUCGGAUGAGGAAUUAUAUGGUGAUUUUGAAGAUUUAGAGACAGAGGAAAAGUUUGGUUCUGAUGAUAAGAAGAGGCCUCUAAACAAAAAAUUACGUGAUAGUGAUGAUGAUAAUGAUGAUUUUGCUGAUUUUGAUGCAGAAGAACGAAAAGAUGAAAAUGGUGAAGAAGAAGAACCAAAUAUGGAUGAAGAUUUUAAAAAUUUGACAGUCGAAGAAAAACGAGCAUUAACAGCUAAAAAGAAAGAACAGCUAAGAUUGCAGUUUGAAGCAGAAGAAGGUGGUGGAGAGUUUGGAAUUGAUGAUCCUGAAGGUAACGAUGAAACAUGGUAUGAUAUCCAAAAGGCCAAGAUGGCUAAACAGUUGGAAAUUAAUAAAGCUGAAUUAACAAAAAUGGACGUUGAAACCAGAACCAAAAUUGAAGGAUACACAGCAGGGUCGUAUGUUAAGUUGACAUUUGAGAGAUUGCCAUAUGAGUUUAUCGAGAAUUUUGACCCAGUUUAUCCUAUUAUAAUUGGGGGAUUAUUGCAAACGGAAGAAAGAUUUGGGAUUUUAAAUGCCAGAAUACGAAGACACAGAUGGCAUAAAAAAAUUUUGAAAACCAGCGAUCCAUUGAUUUUAUCGUUAGGAUGGAGAAGAUUUCAAACGCUACCGAUAUACACAACAUCAGAUUCCAGAACCAGAACCAGAAUGUUGAAAUACACACCAGAGCACGCGUAUUGUAAUGUGUCGUUUUAUGGACCAUUGAUAGCACCCAAUACAACAUUCUGUGGAAUGCAGAUUUUGGCUAAUAGUGAUACUACGGGAUCGUUUAGAAUUGCGGCAACUGGAAUUAUUGAGGAAAUCGAUAGUUCAGUGGAAAUUGUCAAAAAGUUGAAACUAGUUGGGUAUCCUUAUAAGAUAUAUCGAAAUACGGCAUUUAUAAAAGACAUGUUUUCGACGUCGUUGGAGGUUGCGAAAUUCGAAGGAGCUUCAAUCAAAACAGUAUCAGGAAUCCGUGGAGAAAUUAAAAGAGCAUUGUCGAAACCUGAUGGGUAUUUUAGGGCUACGUUUGAGGACAAAAUAUUGAUGAGCGAUAUAGUAUUUUUGAGGACAUGGUAUCCGGUGAAGAUUAAAAAGUUUUAUAAUCCAGUGACAUCAUUGUUGAUAAGAGAUAAAAAAGAAUGGAAGGGAAUGAGGUUAGUGGGCAAGUUGAGAGCUGAUUUGAAUCAGAGCAUUGAAAUGAACCCCAAUUCAAGUUAUGAAAAAGUGGCUAGAGAAGAGAGAAGAUUCAAUCCGUUGAGAGUGCCCAAGUCGUUACAAAAAGAGUUGCCCUUCAAAUCACAAAUAGUCCAAAUGAAACCACAAAAGAACAAAACGUACAUGCAGAAAAGAGCUGUGGUGUUGAAUGGAGAUGAGCGAAAGGCCAGGGACAUCAUCCACAAGGUGUCGACUAUCAGAAAAAACAAAGACGAGAAGAGAAAGGCCAAAAGAUCAGAGAAGAACAAGGACAGACUCAAACGACUUGAAAAGAAGAAUGCGAUGAUCGACGAGAAGCAGAAGGAACGCAAGAAGGAUUUCUUUGCCAACAGCGGCAAGAAGAGGAAGCUCUUCUCCAGUGACUCGGAUGCCUUUGGUAAGAAACGACGCAGCUGA